GCUCUUAUGGCAGGUCCUCCGCCCCCCCUCCCUCUCUGUUCACAAUUACCAACCGCUCCGUCAUAUUCCUUUCCUCGCAUUCCAUUUGUGUUGCAGACUCAUGGGUUGCGCGCUACUGGUGCCGCCGCCGCUGCGAAGAAGGCGAUUGGGUUCGUGGAGGCUAUUACAUUAAUAAGAGCGGAGGAAGGUAUUAAGGGCUACUGGAAAGGAAACCUUCCACAGGUGAUUCGAAUAAUUCCGUAUAGUGCUGUGCAACUUUUUUCUUAUGAAGUCUACAAGAAACUUUUCAGAAAAAAAGAUGGUGAACUUUCUGUUGUUGGGAGACUUGCGGCAGGAGCUUGUGCUGGGAUGACCUCUACCUUUGUAACAUAUCCUCUAGAUGUCCUGCGAUUGAGGCUUGCCGUGGAACCUGGAUGCUCAACAAUGUCCCAGGUUGCACUGAAUAUGCUAAGAGAAGAAGGAAUGGCUUCUUUUUAUAAUGGUCUUGGUCCGUCCCUGCUUGGAAUAGCACCUUACAUUGCUGUGAACUUUUGCAUUUUUGACUUAGUGAAGAAAUCCCUCCCAGAGAAGUACCAAAGGAGGACAGAGUCAUCCCUAGCAACUGCCUUGAUAUCAGCAACACUUGCUACGCUUACAUGCUAUCCUCUGGAUACAGUAAGAAGACAAAUGCAAAUGAAAGGCUCGCCUUAUAACACUGUUUUCGAUGCUUUUCCAGGUAUUUUGGAACGUGAUGGUUUUAUUGGCUUUUAUAGAGGUUUUGUGCCCAAUGCACUGAAGAACCUGCCAAAUAGCAGCAUUAGACUGACUACCUUUGACACUGUGAAAAGCCUAAUAAAAGCAGGGCAAAAGGAGCUGCAAAGUAUUAUGGAGGAAAACCGAUGCAAAGUAGUUUAGCUAGUGCAAUUUUACGUCCCUUUUUCGUUUCCGAGUUGAUUUAUCAGCACAAGAUCACGAGAUGCAAUCUUGGGAGUUCACAAGGAAGUCUUCAGGGAAUGUCUACCUCCAUCGUUCCCCUCGAAGCUAUUACUGUGAGGGCGAUUGUAUUUUUGUAUAACAAUAUUGUUUUUCAUUUGGAUGUACAAUUAUUUGCACGUACAUCACCCCUUGUUUAGGAGGCCAACUUGCUACUAUAAUAACUUUAUUAUUUUUCA